AUGUCCGUUGCCACGACAGCUCUAAUGAUACUAAUGACGAAGUGGGCAGCCAACACGGCCUCAGCGACCGGCGAACCAUUGCUUGGCAAAACGUGGAAACCACCGUGUGCGAUAGCCAAAGAACUGCGGAAAGUCCCAGUAAUGGCGUACACACACGAAAGCAACCUGCAGGACGCGAUAACAGCAGCAGAGCGAACAGCGGCGAAGUUAAACCUGUACGCGGCAACUACGCAGUCCGACGUCGAAACGACGGCACUGCUAUCAGCAGCAGCCGCAGCCAUUUACGAAGAAGCGGACGCAAGCGAACGGCAGAGAAGCAACUUCAUCAAGACAGCACUCGAAGCAACUGCGACGACUCAGGAGCUAACCGGCGGCAUUGAAGCAAGCCUCCAGGUAUUCAAAAGCGCGAAGCACAGCGGAGGAUACUGUCUAGCAGACACCGACACCGACGAGGACAAGACAGCCGACAUAGCAACAGCUGGCUGCGAGCAGAGACCAAAAACUAUGAAGAAAACCCCAAGCGAAACGUUAGACGCCGAUAUAAUCAGCGCGACUGGAUUCAAGACUAUCGACGAAAUCACCGGAACUAACGGGAUGGCAACCAGUGUGUCAACCAAGUGCGGGCUAGUCAACUUCGCAGGUGCAGGCACAGGAGCCUUCGUAACCGGAGCCACGGCCGUAAACUUUGGAUAUGGGCUAUUCAAAAUAGCCACAACAAACCGGGUGACACGGACGAGCCAGCAGAACCUGAAAAAGCAAACCAACAGAGAUGCAGACGACCUCCUAACGCUCGCUUUCAAUGACGCAGACACGAUAAGGGCGGCCAUAACGCAGCAGCUCGCACAUGAACCAGAAGCGAUAAUCAAAGCAGCAGUAACAACGGGCAAACUCAAAGGACACCUAACGAAACUACUUCACAAGCUGUACGGCAAACAAGCCGGCAAACAAGCGGAGGACAAAGCCGAAGUGCUAAUCAAGGAGAACUUUGGAGAGGCUGGUGAAAAGGUGAAAAGCUUUUUGAACAAGCUAGAUGAGGCAGACGCGAUCAACGUCGAUCCAAGCGCCACUACCAAUACGAAAAUCAAAGAAAUAAACGAUGCUGGCAUCUUACAAGUAACUUUGGCUUUUUACAAAAUACUGGAGGUGAAACACAAGCAACAAAUGGCGGACCAAGUUGCUAAGUUACAAGCACAAGCAACUGAAAAGCAACAGGAUGUAAAAUCCGCAGAACAAACUUGUAACGACUUGAAAGAAAAAAGUGAUUGUGACACGAAUAACAGAUGCACUUAUGAUAAAACGAAAGAGGAUGGCAAAAAGUGCACAUUGAGUGAUGAAGAGAAAGAAGCAGCUCAGAAAGAGGGAGGAGAGAAAGAUAGCAAAACUGGAAACACAAACACCACAGGAAGCAAUUCUUUUGUCAUUAACAAGGCCCCUCUUUUGCUUGCAUUUUUGCUUUUUUAA